AUGGCCAUUAUUGAUGGUUUUCUGUUUUUUUCCUUCAUGGUUUCCAUUUGGUUCUUUUGCACUUUCAUUCUCAAAUCCCUGAGGAAUCACACGAGUUCUGGAACCAAAAUUCGACACCCACCAAGUCCUCCAGCUUUACCUAUCAUCGGCCACCUCCAUUUACUAGGCUCAGUUUUGGGGACUUCCUUGCAUAGUCUAGCUCAACGCUAUGGUCCAUUUAUUCAGCUUCGUAUGGGUGUAUCGACAUGCUAUGUUGUUUCUGAUGCUGAAAUUGCCAAAGAGGUCUUGAAAACUAAUGAGAUGAAUUUUGUUUCCCGCCUGCAAUUCGACACCACAGAUUGCAACAUAUAUGAGGGAUCUGGAUUUAUCACUGCACCCUACAACGCAUAUUGGCGGUUCAUGAAGAAGUUGUGCAUGACCAGACUUCUCAAUACUUCUCAGAUUAAUCAGCUUGUGCAUCUCAGGGAGGAUGAGAUGAAGAAACUUGUCGAGUCUAUGAUUAGUAUUUCGGAACGAGGAGAGUCUUGUGAUUUAAGGCAAGCAAUAAUGACCAUGACAAAUAAUGUGAUUUGCAGAAUGUCUAUGAGCACAAGAUGCUUGGGUGACGGUGCUAAUAAUGAAGCCAGGGAGAUUAAGGAUUUGGUUCUUCAAGUUUCAUUGCUCGGAGGCAAGUUAAGUGCAGGUAAUGUCUUGGGUCCUUUGGCAAAACUUGACUUAUUUGGAUAUGGAAGGCAGCUACGAAUUGCACUCGAUAAGUUUGAUCGGUUGGUAGAAAGGAUCAUUAAGGAGCACGAAGAGAAGGAGAUGGAAGGCACUGUAAGAUCAGAAGGAAUGGAUUUAAUGGAUAUUCUAUUAGAAAUUUCUAGAGAUCCAAAUGCAGAAAUGAAGCUAACUAAAAAGGAAAUCAAGGCUUUCUUCCUAGACAUUAUGAUGGCUGGCACUGAUACAUCAGCAAUCUCUGUGCAAUGGGUCAUUGCAGAGCUCAUCAACCAUCCAAAAGUAUUCAAAAAACUGAGGGAUGAAAUUAAUUCAGUUGUGGGGCCAAACAGGCUAGUCAGAGAAUCAGACAUUCCUAAUCUGCCUUACUUACAUACAGUUGUGAAAGAAACUCUAAGACUACACCCUCCAUCACCUGUAGUUCUUAGAGCAAGCAUCGAAGAUUGCCAGAUCAAUGGCUUCGAUGUAAAAGCUAAUACCAGGAUGCUAGUCAAUGUCUACACCAUCCAGCGAGACCCAAAUCUAUGGAAAGAUCCCGAGGAAUUCAUACCAGAGAGGUUUGCGGCUAACCAUAACGCGAAUUCUUCACAAAUGGAAAUGAAAGGGCAAAUUUUCAAUUUCUUUCCAUUUGGGAGUGGACGCCGAGGAUGCCCCGGUGUAACACUCGCUUUAGCGGUGGUUCAAUCAUCCGUUGCAGUCUUGGUCCAAUGCUUUGAUUGGAAAGCCAAAGAUGGAGAAAAGAUUGAUAUGCAGGAGGGUUCGGGGUUCAGCAUGGGAAUGGCAAAACCACUUGUGUGCUAUCCCAUCACACAUAUGAAUCCAUUUGAGUUGGGGUUGGACAUGGCAGAACCAGAAUGA